CAAAAUCAGGCAGUGGAGCUUGACGGCCAUUGAGAUUCACCCCCAGCGCUGUUAGGAGAGCCCCCACCCCCGAUCGCAGAAACGCCUCGUCCCUCUUCCAGAACUACUAGAUGGGUUAACGGAGUUCCUUUUUGACCAUGCUGAAUUUAGCCUGUUUCCUGAAGUUUCUGGCUGUUGUCUUCUUUUUACCACACCUGGCUUGGUCUUCCUCUUCAGAGGACUAUGAGGAAGAGGAGGAGGAGGAGGGAGAGAAGACCCCCCCUCCUAAGAUUGGUCUCUGCGAUUACGACCGAUGCCGACAUUUGCAAGUGCCCUGUAAAGAACUCCAGGGCCCUGAUGGUGCAGCCUGCCUCUGCCCGGCUACCUCCAGUCCCCACCAGCCUCCAGACCCUCCCCGUCUUGGAGAAGUGCAUAUCUGGGCAGACCAGGGCCGGGCAGCAGUCCACUGGUGUGCUCCCUCUUCCCCUGUGGAUGAAUAUCGGCUUCGCCUCUGGGAAGCAGGUACUCCUGUCAGAGCCCGCCCUCCUGCUCUGUUCAACAGCACCGUCCGGAGGGCAGAGCUGCAAGGACUGCAGCCUGGAGAAGCUUAUGUCCUCUGCGUGGUGGCCUCGAAUGACGCUGGGAAAAGUUCUGUUCCGGAGGCACUUGAGGGAGCCUUGGAUGCAGACGAGGCUCCCCUGCCUACCGCCUUUCCUUUAUUUGGACCGUGCCGCUAUCUUUCCAUCCCCCCCAGACCCCGGACCCUGGUACAUGUGGCUGUGGGGAUGGGGAUAGCCUUGGUCUGCAUAAGCUCUGCAGCCUUGCUGUGGCAUUUCUGUCUCCGGGAGCGCUGGGGUUGCCCCCACCAGCCCAGAGCUGCAGCUGCUUCCAGAGCCAGGGAGGACCUUUAAAUGCGAUCCCCACUAGCUUAAGAACCAUGGACAGAAAAAAACAGGGUGGGUGACCUGACUUGCACUGGGCCUAGUGAAGGAGGGAGCUCCCUCCUGAGGGAAGGGUACCAAACCCCACGCCCCAGGGCGGAGUUCCUCACGUUGUGCCCCCCCCCCCAAGGGCUAAGAGCCUGGGAUUGCUGGAUGUGACUGGCCUCCUUCUUUAGAUUAAUCCUGAAGAGAGAAGACUUUGCUUCUUUUCUUCUUCUUUUCUUCAAAGACUACCGUCUUUGCUUUUUGCUGACAAAUAAAUCCAUGUGAUGGAGCCCAGACUUUUGUGUGAGCAUGGAUAGGGUGGAUGGGGACCUGGCGAGAGGGAGGAAACCCCUUCUUGGAGCUGUGCCAGGGUGGGGGCAUCCAGAGAGUGGACUGGCUGAGGCCGCUGGUGCUAAGACACUUCUCCCCAUUUAAGAGAUGGACAAACAGGUCUGAGGAGGGGAAGGGACUUGCCCCCAGCCAUCUACCUAUGCCCCUCCCCAGGAGACUUGCAAAGUGUCUGAACAUGGAAAUGAGCUCCAUCCCCCUGAAUCCAAAUGCCCUGUUCUUUCCAUUUUGGGAGGUGGGCUGUCUCCAAACAGGAAAAAGUUAAUUUUCUGCU